AAAUUGAUAUCCAUAGAUGGACCCGAUGCCACCAAACUGUUCGGCAUGCUGGACUCGGCGUUUCUCUUCACUUAUGCCAUUGCCAUGUUUGCGUCUGGUUUUGUGGCAGAGCGCGUUUCCCUGCGCUACUUUCUGUCAAUGGGAAUGAUCCUCACUGGCAUCUUCACGUACAUGUUUGGCAUUGCCCGCACUUCCAAUAUACACAGUCUCUGGUACUUUAUCCUUAUCCAGAUCGGUGCCGGCAUAUUCCAGACAACGGGAUGGCCAGGCGUGGUCACGCUGGUGGGUCGCUGGUUUGGCAAAUCAAAGCGCGGCCUCAUAUUUGGCAUCUGGAACAGUCACACGUCCAUUGGCAACAUAUUGGGCACCUUAAUAGCGGCGCAUUAUGUGGAAAGCGAUUGGGCCAUGUCCUUUGUGGUGCCUGGUAUAGUCAUUGGCGCCAUUGGUUUUCUACUCUUCCUGUUUUUGGUGGAUCAGCCGGAGAUUGUGGGAUGUUAUCCGGACAGCAUGCCGCACGAGCGUCGCGUUACCAACGACUCGGACGAGGAGCAUGGCGACGAGGAGCAAGUGCGCCACAACGAUGCCGAAAUCAGCUACAGAUCGACGCCAACGGAACGCACACCAAUCUUGGCUCGUUCCCAGUCGCAGAACCAUCAGAGGGAGCACGGAGCUGGUCGUCCCAUCAGCCUCAUCGAUGCUCUAUAUAUACCCGGCGUUGCGGAGUUCUCGUUAUGUUUGUUCUUCACCAAGCUGGUCAGCUAUACAUUCAUGUACUGGCUGCCCUUGUACAUACAGUCUUCCAGCACAUUGGGUCCCACUCUGUCCGCAGAUCUGUCUACGCUCUUUGAUGUGGGUGGCAUUUUCGGGGCCAUAGCUGCGGGCUACUUAUCCGAUCUGACUGGAAUGUCGGCCACCAUCUGCAUGGGCAUGCUCUUCAUAGCUUCGCCCAUUCUGCUGAUGUAUCAACAGUACGGCACAUUGUCAGUGUCCAUCAGUGUGCUGCUGCUAAUUGUGGUCGGCAUCUUUGUGAACGGCCCGUAUGCAUUGAUCACGACCUCGGUGAGUGCAGAGCGGGGCCAGGACAGCUCCUUGGAGGGCAAUGCCAACGCUCUGGCCACUGUGACGGCCAUCAUCGAUGGCACAGGCUCGAUUGGUGCAGCUGUGGGGCCCCUGCUGGCCGGCCUGAUCUCCACCACUGGCUGGCAAAAUGUCUUUUACAUGCUCAUCAUAGCCGACAUCCUUGCCAUGCUGUUGCUGAGUCGACUGGUCGUCAAAGAGUUCGCCUCGCUGCGGAGAUCACCGACACGCAUUCGCAUCGAAUAACAGGCGGCGGACCUCGAGCCGAUUGAUGUAGUCUGACCUUAUUAAUUAGAUAUUUUGAUAACCGUUUUGUGUACAUAGUGCAUUGUAUUCAUAAAGAAGUGUAUUGUUUCCAUUCGAGAGCGUACGAGUAUCAGAGCCGAACUGAUUCUAGUUUUAUCCUACCCAUUAUACUAGUACAUGUCGUAUAUCACUAAUGUUAUUUUAAAUGUAUUCGUUCAACAGGCCGGAAUGUUAACCAUUAUCCUAAGCCAUCUUUCAAGUUUACACUUUUGAUAUAUUGCGUACAAAUACUAUAUACUACAUAUACGAUAUAUAUAUUUAUAUAUUUUGUAAUCUUGUGUGUGCGUGUGUCAGAGUCUCUUCGUUUUAAGUGCCGAACUAUCAUUAGUAAUAGCGGAAUUAUACUGCUAUGUAAAUACAGUUUAUCCGUACACUUUUCGUACAUCAAUAAAACCGGAAGGACCGUCCGCCCCUCACGGCAGUCCAAUUUCUGAACGCUA